AAUAUUUGGUUUCGAUUUUUUUUAUUACAGUAUCUGGAGCGACGAUUUAGUCGGUUGGUCAGAACACUUGGUUCUAUUGUGUUUGCCAUACAAAUGAUCAUCUACAUGGCGAUUGUGUUAUAUGCUCCGGCUCUGGCACUUUCUCAAGUGACUGGGAUCUCUGUGUGGGCUGCUGUACUGUCCAUUGGAUUGGUUUGUACUUUCUACACAUCAGUGGGAGGCAUGAAGGCUGUAGUGUGGACAGAUUUUUUCCAGGUCACCAUGAUGUUCAUAUCCAUGUUUGUGGUGGUCUUCAAAGGCGCCGAAGACGAGGGCGGCUGGGCUAAUGUAUGGCAAACAAAUGUACAGGGGCAGAGAAUCGAGUUUUUCAACUUUGACCCCAAUCCUACCACCCGCCAUACUGUUUGGAAUCUUGCCAUAGGUGGGUAUUUUACAUGGGUUGCUGUAUACGGAGUUAACCAGGCUAUGGUGCAACGGUAUUUGUCAAUCCCAACACUACGUGGCGCUCAAACAGCUCUCUGGUUGAACCUUCCUGGAUUAGUGGUUCUUCUAACUAUUUCGUGCCUGGCUGGACUGGUCAUCUACGCAAAGUACCACACGUGUGACCCUUUGUCGUGGACAAAUUUCAAGCUAUCCUCUGACCAGUUAUUUCCACUGUUCGUGAUGGAUGUUUUGGGCUUCUUACCAGGUCUUCCUGGUUUAUUUGUGUCAGGAAUCUUUAGUGGCGCCCUCAGCACUGUGUCGUCAGGGGUCAACUCGCUUGCCGCUGUGACCUUAGAAGACGUUGUAAAGGCGUACAUAAAGAAGGAUAUAUCGGAGUUAUGGGCAACACGAAUAACUAAAAUCCUUGCUGUCGUCUAUGGAUUGAUAGCUAUAGGCCUAGUGGCCGUGGCUCAGUUGCUAGGAAACGUCUUGCAGGCUGCCCUAACCAUAUUUGGGGUAAUUGGAGGUCCACUCCUGGGUCUCUUUAGUCUUGGAAUGUUUUUCCCUUGGGCGUAUUG